GCUGUCAAACUCCUAGGCUUGUCCUUGGCAUGGUCAGUGGUCACACCGCGCAGCUCAUGCGCUCCCUAGGUCUUUCCAACCCAUGUGUUCCAAGCUGCGACAUGUUCAGCCUCGUUGCGACGCUGCGACCAUGCGCCGUGCGCGACGUCAGCCUUUCGCCUAUCACGCACCAUGCGUCGAGGCUCGCUGAGCCACUUCGCAUCGGCGCGAGGGAUCCCAGUCAGCCCAAGCUCAGCCUGCGCUUCGCCAGCGUGGCGGAUUCGAUCACUCCGACAUGAGUGGCGCGGUCAGCUGAGUGAACGCCACCUCCGCGUGCUCGUCCUCCCCGCGCACAGCCUGCACAGCCGGCGCUUGUUCUCGCAAAGCCCGCUUCACCUGAGUCUUAUGGCCACCCUCUCUGUCCUUCCUAGCACUCGCAUUCAUCCUUCUCGGGCUCUCGUGAAUUUGAAUUUCACUACCUACCAAGCGGGCUGUCCAUGGCUCCCCCAGAAGGCGAGGGUAACUGCAUCGGCUACGCCGCGCGCGACUGCAGCGGGGUGCUGUCGCCGUUCCGGUUCCACCGCAGGGAGGUGGGACCUAGGGACGUGAAGAUCCGCAUCACGCACUGCGGCGUGUGCCACAGCGACGUGCACCUGACCCGCAACGACUGGGACUAUUCCAAGUACCCCAUGGUUCCCGGUCACGAGAUCGUGGGAGUGGUGGAGGAGGUGGGAGCACAAGUGAGCAAGGUGGCGGCGGCGCAGCGGGUGGGCGUGAUGGGGAUGGUGGGGUCAUGCCGUGAGUGCGUGCCGUGCCGGCAGCACGAGGAGCAGUUCUGUUCCAAGUGCGUCUUCACCUACAAUUCUAUCGACCCGCUCUCGCCGUCCGGCCAGACCACUCAAGGCGGCUACUCCUCCUUCAUCGUGGUUGAUGAACACUUCGUCCUCUCCAUCCCUGCUGAGCUGGCAUCUGACGUGGCAGCGCCUCUCCUGUGUGCUGGCAUCACGGUCUAUUCCCCUAUGAUCUACUAUGGCGCCAACAAGCCCGGCAUGCGCGUGGGCGUGGCGGGCCUGGGCGGGCUGGGCCACGUGGCGGUGCAGAUGGCGCGGGCGUUUGGCACGGAGGUGACGGUGCUGAGCACAUCGCCUGGCAAGGAGAAGGAUGCCAGGGAGCUGAUGGGGGCUCACAGAUUCAUUCUGACUUCUGAUGCUCAUGCCAUGAAGGCAGCAGCCGGCUCGUUGGACGUCAUGAUCAACACGGUUCCAGCGCAGUAUGAGCUGGGCCCCUACCUCGACCUCCUCGCCUUCAAUGGGAAGCUCCUCAUCCUCGGCAUUCCUGCAGUCCCCUUUGUUCUCCAUGCUGGCCAACUUGUAUACGGGCGCAAGAUGGUCGCAGGUGGUUUGAUAGGAGGCAUCAAAGAGACUCAAGAGAUGCUGGAGUUCUGUGCAAAGAAUGGUGUGGCGUCCAUGGUGGAGAGGAUUGAUAUCAAAGAUGUCAACAAGGCGUACGCGCGCUUGCUCGAGAAGGACGUGAAAUACCGUUUUGUCAUUGAUGUGGAGAACAGUCUCAGUUGAAGAACACAGAUUGCCAUAGUACAGAGUGUUGCUAUCAGUGAUUCAGCAUAUAACAGGACACAGGGCUGAGGCUAGCUGAGGGCACCGUACGCAUGACCAUGUGGGGGCUAUGUUGAGACUUUUGUCGCCACGUAGUUUCGUACUAGUAUUUUAUGUAGAUGUACAAUAAAAUACUUUACUUUUUUCCCGAU